UUCAUGCCAUGAUUGGUUUCUGUGUUCAGGAGGGUGGAAUUCUGUGUUGUGAUAGGAAUCGAGUUUCUUUUUUGGGUGAAUGAGGUGAGUCCUCAGUAAAGGAACUGUUUUUCUCUCACUUCUGACUUUCCACGUCCUUUGUAGACAGCUGUUCCUUCUGGCUUUUAAUUGUCUCUCAAUUGUUAAUCACCAGGGUCUUCUGGUGAAGGUCCGUGAUGGGCUGUUGAUGCCACCAGCAAAGGGAUUGUCAGAAUUUGUGGACAGUAGGACAAAGUGUAGGGUUCCUUUAAUGACCAGCUCCAAUGGGAUGUCCCAGAGCCUGUUAGAAACUCUUUCCUGGCUCCAAAUUCCAGCCCUGAUGCCUGGAGCAGGUCUGAUUUAAUACAUCCAUUACAGCUUGACUGGCAGUGAGGGUUUGGGUGUAGCCUUGUGCAUGAUACCAACUGCUCCAAUGUGCCAUAUGCUUGGGUUCCUUGGGAUGCUGCAAGAGUCCUGUGAGUGUUCCUCCUGGACAGCUUGCUGUUCUUCUCUGUGGGAGAGCCUAGAGAGUUGGGUGAGUACUUUUGGUUCUUGGCUUUCUCUUCAUUCAUAUUCCAUAGGAGUUGUGUGGUGCAGGGCGUGAUCACAAAGCCUAAUUUGUGGCAAUUCCACCAGCUUGAAGUACAGAGAUAGCUGUGACAAUUUAUGGACAAUGGGAUUGGCCACAGGAGCAUUCACACAACUCCACCAUGGCUGGACACCAUGGGUGCUUUGUCAGUGACAAAACCAAGGCCAGAAUUAGGCUCUGAAGUGUUCUGUGGGAAGUCGCCCUCAAAGAGAGUUUGUAAAUCUCUGCUCAGAAACCUGGCAUCAUCCUUCCACCUCUCCUGUCAUCUCAGGCUGGAAAUCAUCUUUAAGAGCUAUUCCACAGCUGCCAUGGGGUCUGGGUCUCCUAGAGUUUUCCAAGAGAGAGGGGACAGGCCUUGAUUGUGGGAAAGGAGAAGCCUCUGCAGGUCUGAAUGGUGAUGUGCAUGGGACACAUCUCCUACACAUGACACGUCUCCUGAACAUGCAGAAGGUCCAGCCAGAGGGAAGGAACCAAAGUGCAGUCCCAGAGCCACACCUGCCUCCUUCCUGGGGCACUCUUUAUUGUUCCUCUGAUAGAGAGAGAUGGGAGUUAUCUGGUGAUUCUGUGGACUUGGCAGGAAUCCCAUGGUUGUAGGCAACCUUUUAUUGUUCCAUGGAUUACACAUUCACCACCCAGCACAUUAAAUAAGGAUCCACAGUUGGGCUGUGCCACAGAUCGCUUGAACACACAGAGCAGGCACCAGUGCUCCAGUGCUGUUGGGGAUUUCCUUCCCUGGAAGCACUCAGCUGAUCCCUGCAGGAAUGGCCAUGGGGCUCAGUGCUUCUCCACCAGCUGUGCUUCUGCUCCUCUCCCUGCUGGGUCUGGCUGCUGCUGGGAGGCUCCUGGUGGUGCCGGCAGAUGGGAGCCACUGGCUGAGCAUGCGGGAAUUGCUGGACAUGCUCCAACAGAAGGGACACGAGGUGGUUGUGGUGGCACCCGAAGUCUCCAUGCACAUCAAACCAUCAAAGAACUUUGUGAUGAAAAUGUACCCAGUCCCCUUCACUCAGGAAGACUUGGAUAAAGCAUUCCAGGCCUUUUUUCAUGGUUCAUUUGAAGAAGGUUGGGUUUUGAAGAGAUUAUUUAAAGUGCACAAAGGUAUGAAAACCCUCACUGACUGUUGGGUCAGCAGCUGUGAGCAGCUUCUGCAAAACAAAGAGCUCAUGAGGUACCUUGAGGAGAGCAAGUUUGAUGCCAUCCUCACAGACCCUGUAGCAACUUGUGGGGUGAUCCUGGCUGAGCAUCUUUCCCUUCCUUCUGUGUAUUUCUUACGAGGAAUCCCAUGUGGGUUAGACUUAGAUGCCAGGCUCUGUCCCAGUCCUCCUUCCUAUGUGCCCAGGGUGUUUACAGACCUUACAGACCGCAUGACCUUUUUCCAGCGGGUGAAGAAUCUGCUCUUUGUGAGGAGAGCAAGUUUGAUGCCAUCCUCACAGACCCUGUAG